AUGAGGCAAAUGGCUAAGCAAAUUAAAUCCGACUUUGCUGUGUCUGUAGAGGAUAAGCUGCUUUUCUCCUUGCAUCUGAUGCAAGAUAACUGGAGCGCAGAGAGAUCGUCCACUGGAUUUUGGCUGGGUGACUUUCUCCAUAUUCAAGCAGAUGUCUAUGGAACAAGCCAUGUACCUCUGAGGCUCUUUGUGGACAGCUGUGUGGCCACACAAGCACCAGGCAAAGACUCCACUCCAAAGUAUGCAAUCACUGACUUCCAUGGAUGCCUGGCAGAUGGAAGAAUAUUUGAUGUUGCAUCCACCUUCGUAACGCCAAGACCCCAGCAGGAAACACUCCAGUUAACAGCAGAAGCAUUUGCUGGAGACACCAAGAACACAAUCUGUAUUGCGUGUCAUUUGAAAGUCACUGCUGCUGACGAAGAACCAGAUCUCUUGAAUAAAGCUUGCCCAUUCAACAAACAUAGGGAGAUGUGA